AUGUCGUACGAAAUCAAGGGAAAGUUUGCCCUGGUCACUGGCGCCGGAAGUGGGAUCAAUCUGGCUUUCGCAGAGCAGCUCCUCAAUGCCGGCUGCUCCGUUGUCUUUGCCGAUGUAGCACUGCGCGACGAAGCCAAGGAGCUCAUCGCCAAGUUCCCUCACCCGGCUCCCGUCUCUGCCGUCUACCAUAGGUGUGACCAAUCUGAUUGGAAGUCCAUCUCCGAGACCUGGGAGUUCACCCUCAAGACCUUUGGCCGAAUUGACCUGGUCUGCCCUGGUGCUGGCAUUUGUUAUGAGAAUGAGCUCCUGCUGACGACGAGCCUCAUCAGGGAGCCCCCACACUCCACCUUCUGGCAGCCCCCAGGCAUCUCCCCUCUGGCCAAGGACGACCCCAAUGGCACCCCAGGACUCUACCACAUCUUCGCCGUGAACCAGAUGGGCCCCAUCCGGUUCGCCCAGAUCGCCCUGGACUACUGGUUCACCAACAAGAUCGCAGGCAGCCUUCUCUUCGUGUCCUCGAUGAGCGCGUACCUGCCCACCAUCGGCACGCCGCUGUACAACGCGUCCAAGGGCGCCCUGACCUCCUUCACGCUCUCCCUGGCGCAGAUGAAGUCCCGCCUGGGAAUCCGCGUCGCCUGCAUGUGCCCGGCCACCACCUACACGCCCGCCGUCGAGCAGGAGUACUGCGUCGGCAAGGUGCGCGAGCAGGACAUGAACAUGACGUCCGAGGAGUGCGCGCAGAUCAUGCUGCGCCUCGUCACCGAGGAGCAGUACGGCAACGGGGACGUCGUCGAGGGCAUGCAGUUCGCCGCCCACGGGCAGCCGUCCGACGUGCGCGUGCGCACCAUCCCGUACCAGGCCCUGCUGCCUCCUAUCAACAUGGAGGGGGAGUUCAGCGGGAAGAACAUCCUGGUGGAGGAGGAGAAGCUGUGGGAGAAGCUCAAGACGAAGGGCUUCAGGUCGUAG